UUCCGCCUAGUUUUCCUGUGAGGAGGAGGCGGCGGCGGCGGCGGCGGCGGCGGCUGUGAGGAGCCGAGGCGGCGGCGGCGGCCGCUAAUGGAGUUGCUGCCGGGCGGGGAGCGCUGCCGCUGAACUUCCCCGCGGGCUUUCUCCCUCCUCUCCCCCUCGUCCUGCGGCCGGGGGCUCGUCUCUCGCCCUGGCAGCUCCUCUUCCCCUCCCUCCGCGCUCCUCUCCUCACACAAACAGCCGUGACGCAUCCUCUCUCUCCUCCGUCCCCCCCCUUCCCACCCCCAGGCUGGUUUAAAACGCCUCCCUCCCCCCGUCACCAGCCUUCUCCUUGGGGCCGGCUCGUCCUCCCUCCGCAGUGCUCGGCGUCGCUUUGGAGGGGGUGGGAGAGCCCAGCCGAGCCGCUCUGCCCCCCUUACCCCCCCCUCUCCCGCCCCGGCCUGUGGCGGCUCCGGUGUCUGGAGGAAUUUCUGCCGCCGCCUGCCCCGGCUGGGCGCGGGAGGCGGGCGGGCAGGGAGGCGGCCGAGCAGGAGGAGGAGGAGGAGGAGGAGGAGGGCAGCAGCAGCGAAGGCGGCUGCAGCGGGAGAUGAGCUGCAGCGGGAGGACGGUGCGGUGCAGCUUUUUGCGGCGGGGAGCCCUCCCUUGUCUCCAGCACUCUGUUCCCCUUUAACCGGGAGCAGCUCGAGAGCAGAAGACCCGUGGUUGUUGCCGCUGUUUCCACCGCUACCUUCAUCAUCAUCUCUACAGACACGGGAAAUACGCUUCAGCGCCGGACAACGGGAUUUCGUGUUUCCAGGAUAAAGAUCGCUCGCCCCCCCCCUCCUUUCCCCUCCCGCUCCCUCACUUCACAGCGCUGCCCGUGCCCUGGCCGGGGGCGGCGGACCGGGGGGGUAACAAUGGUGAAGUUUCUGGUGAGUUCUGGCUGCGCCCUGGCUGCGUCGGUGCUGCUCCGUCUCCCUGUCGGAUCGCGGUGAGGAGAAAAUGAGCGAAGAGACGGCGACUUCUAACAACGAUAAUAGUUAUGCACGAGUGCGAGCUGUGGUGAUGACCCGGGAUGACUCAAGUGGUGGAUGGUUACCACUUGGAGGGGGUGGACUAAGCUGUGUCACAGUCUUCAAAGUCAUUCCCCAGGAAGAGAAUAGCUGUGCUGAUUUUCUUAUCCAUGGAGAACGACUCAGGGAUAAAACGGUGGUCUUGGAAUGCACAUUAAAGAAGGACCUAGUUUACAACAAAGUUACUCCUACUUUUUACCACUGGAAGAUUGAUGACAAAAAGUUUGGCCUCACAUUUCAGAGUCCUGCUGAUGCAAGAGCAUUUGACAGAGGUAUUCGGAGGGCAGUAGAGGAUAUUUCUCAAGGUUAUCCACCCUCCCAAAAUGAUGUUGAAGUGGCAGAAGACUGCUUUCAAACUACUCAAGAAAAUACAUCAGGUUCAUUAAUGAAAGAUCACCUUUUCCAACACGAAACUGUAGUAACCAGUGAACCUUACAACAGUGCAAAUUUAAGGCCUUCAGCAUUUGAGGAUUUCAACACCAGGAGAGCCUGUUUUCCUAGCCAACCUAACCAGGUCCCACUGAAGUCAAGCAGACAUGUUAGUUUUCAGGAUGAAGAUGAAAUUGUUAGAAUAAACCCUCGUGACAUUUUGAUACGUCGUUAUGCAGACUACAGGCAUCCUGACAUGUGGAAGAACGACCUGGAGAGGGAUGAUGCAGACUCAAAUAUACCAUUUUCUAAAUCAGACAGUAAAAAAUCUGACUAUUUAUACCCGUGUGGAGAUGGAACUAAGUUGAAUUCCCUGAAAGACUCAAAGAGUUCUGUGGUAUUUAAAACUCAGCCUUCCUCAUCAAAAUUUAAAAACUCGAAAAGAAGAAAAGAGGAUGGUGAGCGUUCCCGCUGUAUAUACUGCCAGGAAAGGUUUAAUCAUGAAGAUAAUGGCAGAGGAAAAUGUCAAGAUGCGCCAGAUCCUAUUAAAAGAUGUAUCUACCAAGUUAGUUGCAUGCUUUGCGCAGAGAGCAUGCUGUAUCACUGCAUGUCAGACUCUGAAGGAGAUUUCUCUGAUCCUUGCUCAUGUGACACUAGUGAUGACAAGUUCUGCUUACGCUGGUUAGCACUGGUGGCACUCUCAUUCAUUGCUCCAUGUAUGUGUUGCUACCUCCCCUUGAGAGCAUGCCAUCACUGUGGUGAGGUAUGUGGGUGCUGUGGAGGAAAGCAUAAAGCUGCGGGAUGAAUCAGUCUUGUGCCAAACAGAGCUGAAAAAUCUUUGUUUCCAGGAAGCAUCUAACUUGGAUUUGUGGAAGCUUUUUGGCAAGCUGAAGGGAAUCUUCUUUCAUGUAAGAGAUGCUUGAUGUGGAGGAAGCAACAAGACUUGUCAGACCUUGGCAUUUUACAAGUGCUAGCCAUGCCUAACUAUUUCCUUUGAGCGCGUGGCAUUUGUUGCAAGUUGUGAAGGAGAUUUUGCAGAGGAAAGCCUAUUCUUAUUAUUGGCUAUAAAAUGAGUAUAUAAACUAUGAUUAUACUAAAAGGGAUUAACUUUUGCCACUUUGUACAUUCAUGGUUUAGGCGAGGGGGCUCUUUUAAAAGGAUUAAAACUUACCUGAGGGGAAAUCUUAACUAAAAGUGCACUAGAGGCAGUUGAUUUAAGAUUAAGAAAAGUUAAUACUCGGCAAAUGAGAAAUGAAACUGAUUUUAAGUGCAACUAAAUCACUUAUUAAUAGUUUUUUGGAAGCGACUUUAUGUAUAAAUAACAAAUGUUUAUAUUUAACUAAAUGUGUAAGGUACGAAUUAUUACAUGUUAAACUUUCCUUCCCUCUGAUAUAGUAGGUAUGGACCAUAUCUACUGUCACAUUCCAUGGUAGUAUUUUAAAUAUUUAAUUAGUUAAUUUAGUCGCAUUUUUAUUCCAGAUGGACAAAUUGAUAUUUUCAGUCCUGUUUCCCUUCAGCUACAGUUUGUGUUGAGUUGUAUCCAUACAUUCUGAUAAUCCUAAAACCUUUAAAAUAUUAAUUAUUCUAGUCUUGAGUGACCAAUAUUUUUUUGUUAAGCACAGAUGUAAUUGUCUAAAAUGUUCUUGUUAGAACAUAACAUUUAUUUUUAUAUAUAAAUGACUUUGAUUUCAACAUAAUAGCAAAAAGGAAGUUGUUUCUGUUGCUCAACCAGCAAGUUGUUUUCUUUUGGGGUGUCCUCCAAAAAUACUUUAUUGCAUAUUCAAAUGUUCAUUAAGCAAAAGGUACAUUAAGGCAGUUGUAACAAAUUGUCAUCAGUGUUCUUGUUUAUCCUUCUGUUAAACUAGGAUCCUGUUCAGCUGUUUAUCGAGUACUAUGAUUAAAACAAAAGAUUAAUAACAAAAGUGAAAUUGUUUUCAUUAUUUUGAACUGCAACUUUUUCUUAUUUGAACGGGCAAGAACAAAAGUACUGUGUGUUUUGUACAAAAACAACAACAAAAGACUUAGCUUGAGAAAUAAAUUACAGCCCAGGCAAAAUUGGAGUGAACUUCUUAAUUAAGGAAACUUGGAGGGAGGAUGGGGGGAGGGAGUGAGAGAGAGAGAGUGUGUGUAUGUAUCUGUAUGCGUGGUGCUAUAUUGUGUAUGGUAUUUGUUAUGGCUUUGUACUUACUAAGUGUUUAACUUUCAGAUAAGAAUUAACUGAUUAACCCAUUGAGAAUUUUUUAAAACAUUACAUGCUUUGCUCUGUUGUGAAGUAAGAAACAUUUACUUCUCAUUAAAGAUAUGUAAAACACUAAAACCAGUCAUAAUUCAUUAGCGAAGGUACCUAUUUGAUAUCCUGGCUGGAGUGGGACAGACUAUCCUCAGUAUACCCUUCUUAUUAAACAAACAAAAAACCUAAUUGAUUUUAAAAGAUGCACAUGACUGACUUUUCUCACUUCCUAUGCAUUUCUUCAGUAUAUUUUUGUGUAAUUUUUCUUUCUGCAUGUAUUGGUGCCCUUAAUUUUCCUUUGUAGCCCAGAAGUAAAAUGAGCGAAUGUAUAUAACAUUAUGUGUCUGUAAAAUACUUUUUAAAUGAAAACAUUUAUAUUUAUAUUAUGGCUUGAAUUGACCACCUUGUGUACAUAGAUCAUCUCAAAGUAUUAUUUCACAUUGAAAAGAAGACAAAUAUAUUGAUAACUGUAGAAGUUACGGAAGAGCUUCUAGUUUUGUAUUAAGAGUAGAUUGGAUGAAUUAAGUCCAAGAAUAUGACACGGUAGCAGCAGUCUUGGUUUUUACUGUUUAUAUAUUUGAAAGCUGCUACUCUGGUUAAUUUUCAUGCUUCGCACAUUUUCAGCUAAACUUCGUUGCCUAGAAUAGACUGUUAACUUUAAAAACAACUUUGAUUAAAAAAUGGUGAUGUUUUUCUAGCGAAUGAGAGGAAUUUAAUAUUUGUAAGUGCUAGGUUCCUAAUUCAAGGUGGAGAGGUAUGAACAACCUAAGAAAAGAACUUGCUGGCUGUAUAGGAAAAUGCUAUAGAAUCAUAUUGUGUAUAUACUUCAGAAAGAAAUGAGUUUAACAGUUUCUUCUCAGCACUAUACAACAUAGUGAAACUCCUGGUCCUGUACUGUAUUUUGUAUGAAACAUAUAUGCUUUAAUAUUUUUAUUGAAUGUGUGCAUUAAUAUUUUUCACCUUGCAUUUAACCACUUUGCUGCUAAAAUGUUUUCACCUUUUGCUUUCCUCUUUGAAGACUUGAUCCAUCUAAAAAGGGUUACUGAACUGACAUAUGUUCCCUUUUUCUUCUUGUGCUGGAAGUGUCAGCCUGCACGCCCAGUUUGAGAGGGACUAAAAGAGAUACGUGGUUACAUAAGGGUUGGUUUGAGUAGGAUGCACACGUACUUUUUCCUCUGGUGUUAGGGAUCUUACCCACUGUUGCAGUUGGGAGAUGAGUAGUGGAAGGUGGACAUACAGCAAACCCACUCCAGAAUGGGCUGUUACAUCUGUGCAUCUUUUGGUUUUGGCAGCAUGUAACAUUUAUUCUGUCUCUUCUGAAAUACUUUCUUGAGCAUUUGGGAAAAGAGAAAUUUCUUCCCCAAUCCUUACUCCUCCCCUUGCCCUUAGUAUCAGAACUGUAGUUUGUCAGGCAUGUAGUAGCAGAGCUUUGUGUUGCUUGGAGGGGAGACUCGAGCCUUGGGAAACCAUCACUGGAUAUUAAGAACCUCACUUGUUGAAAACCUCCUUACGGUGAAAAUUAAGUAUUUCCCCUUGAAAGUGGGGCAAGAAGUUAAAUGAUAGCAGCACUCGUGCACCAUCUACUGGGGGAAGAACAUCAGCUGUAUUCAGGCACAGUAUUUGAUUACAUAGUCAUUUAACUGGCUAUCGGUGCACUCCUUAAGCUACAAAAAUAUGUUAAGCUUUAGUUAUUAAUUUACAAAAUAGUAAUUUGGACUCUUACUGUGAUUCUUUAUCUCAUCGUGCAUCUUAAAUUUCAUUAUUAAUAUUGAUUGAAAGUAAAAAUGCUUUAAGCAUAUAUUUUGUUAGGUUUAAAAUAGUUACAAUGGCCUAUUACACAAAAGCAUAAAAAUCAGGAAUGAAAUGAAAAUUCUUUUGAUUCUGUCAUUGGGUUCAUAAGAAGGAUUCCCCCUUCCCCCUCCUUGAAGUUCUUUCCCACAGCAAAGUGAUGGAGUUUUGAUGUUCAUGCAGAGGGAAUCUAGCCUUUUAGUUUGUGAUAUGAAUCGAGUUUUGAGUAUGCACAGGUGGGUCUGUGUGCUCGCACAUGCGAUUCAGUAGUUGCAAAGGGUAUUCCUACAGCUGUGUGCAAGAUUAAAGCAAUAUUCUGAUAAUAAUCUACAAUUACUAUGGUAACUGUUUAGUAAACAGCAGCCAAUGGUGGCAUAAAACUCGGAUGCCUUUCCAGAGCUUAUGUAAGGGAUGUUCCAAACAGUCUAAACCAAUGCAGUUUCCUCUAGAGGAACAAAGGUAUUUUGAAGAAUGUCUUAAUUUUGCAUGUUGGAAUAUAACAUUCCCAUUUCAGAUGUGUUCUCUUCAGAAUGAUCUGUUCACAUGUACCUGGAGGAUAAUGUUGAACUCCCGUGUAAAUAAUGCACAGGUUUAAAUUAGACUUUAAAUCUUUUCAGAGCUUAUGGCACAGUAUGCAGCUAGUACAGUGAUACAUUCAUAUUAAUAAAAUGAAGAUCAAGGGUGGUGGCUUGCAACAAAACAGUAACUUUAAAAAGAUGCCUUAUGGUACUGUUAGUCCAGCAGCUGGGUGGAUAAAACUUCCAUUUUCUUCGGUGGACUGACAAAUACAAGGAGGGGCUAGGGGGGGUUGUUUGGGCUUGAUUUGGGGCUUUUUUUCCUGAAAGCUUCUCUUAAUUGCAAAAGUUAUGGUUCAUUUAAGAAAUCAAACCAUUCGGUGAAGAAGAAGCCUUCAUGUUCAAAGCUGCAGUAUAAGCUGUACAUAGUUUUCCUUCUUUCGCUUGGUGCCAUUUGCUUUCCACCCUAAUGACCUCAAAGUGCCUCAUGUGUAUAUUGUUUCCAUUAAACCUCAACUGCUAUUUCUUUCUACUAAAUGAUGUAUAAUUUAGUUAACUCAUCCCAUAGGUGUUUCCUUUAUGAAUAUGAAUACAGCUUGUUACUUCGAGUAUAUAAUGUAAAUAUGCCUUUAAGUUUGUAACUGGUUUGUUACAUCAUAUCCUUGUAAGUUGACAUAGCAGAUAACACCAUAAAGAUUGUUUAAAUGUUUUUUCCUGUAAUUACCUGAUUAAAACUAUCUUGAAAUGAAACAA